AUGAUACAGUCUUCUAUUUUCUCACCAGUGCGGUCCUUUGGUACAGAAGACAGACCAACAGAUCGUCCAAUACCACCUCGAGAUGAAGUCUUUGAAUACAUUAUAUUCCGUGGAAGCGAUAUUAAAGAUCUCACUGUUUGUGAGCCACCAAAACCACAAUGUUCUUUGCCUCAGGAUCCAGCCAUUGUUCAGUCCUCUCUAGGCGCAUCUACGUCUCCAUUCCAGUCGGUGAGCUCCUACGGGCCUUUUGGCAGGAUGCCAUCGUACAGUCAGUUCAGUCCAAGCUCAUUAGUUGGGCAGCAGUUUGGUGCUGUUGGCGUUGCUGGAAGCUCCUUGACAUCAUUUGGAGCAGAAACCUCGAGCAGUGGCCCCCUGUCCCAAAGUAGUGCAGUUGGUUCUGCCUUUACACAAGAUACAAGGCCUCUGAAAACACAACCAUCCCAAGGUCGUUCAAGCCCUCAGUUAGAUCCUUUGAGAAAAAGUCCAACCAUGGAACAAGCAGUACAGACCGCCUCGGCCCACUUACCUGCUCCGGCACCUGUUGGGAGAAGGAGCCCUGUAUCAUCCAGGCCUUUGCCAUCUACCAGCCAAAAAGCAAUAGAGAACCAAGAGCACAGGCGAGCUGAAGUACACAAAGUUUCCAGACCAGAAAAUGAGCAACUCAGAAAUGAUAGCAAGAGACAAAUAGAAACUAAAUCCUUCUUUGAUAAUAUUUCUUGUGAUGAUAAUAGAGAACGAAGACCAACCUGGGCUGAAGAAAGAAGAUUAAAUGCUGAAACAUUUGGCAUCCCACUUCGUCCAAACCGCGGUCGCGGGGGUUACAGAGGCAGAGGAGGGCUUGGUUUCCGUGGCGGCCGGGGACGUGGCGGCGGCCGGGGCGGCACCUUCACGGCCCCUCGAGGAUUUCGUGGUGGAUUCAGAGGAGGCCGUGGGGGCAGGGAGUUCGCAGAUUUUGAGUAUAGGAAAGACAACAAAGUUGCUGCAUAGUCUACAAACAAGUCUUUGAAAAAUAGGUGAAUUUCUAGCUCUUCAGUCCUGAGAGUUGGUUGGUCUUUGCGAAGAAUGAAGAAGUGAAUUUGCUGUAUAUUUGUCACCAGCACUGGGUCUUUUUGUUUGUUUGUUUUCUGCUUAAUUUCAAAGAUACAAUGUAGUUUCUUUGGGGGGGGAAGCUCAUCUUUAAAAAAUGAGCAUUAAAUAUAUUUGAAUAGCAGAAGGUUAAGUAAUUUCUUAUGUAUAGGUAAACUAAAGCAGUACUUGAUUGGGACUUAAUAGGUAUUUUUUCAUCACUGAAAGGGUUUUUCUUAUCACUAAAUUGUAUUUGGCAAUUAAUUGCAAGUUGCCUGAAGAUAGGGCCGUGAUACUGUGUUUUGAGCUGCAGAAGGUUGUGUGUGUGUGUGUGUGUGUGUCUGUAUCUUUCUUUCUUUUUGGAAAUCCUGUAAUAGCCGUUUUGAGGUAGCUUAUUGCGUCAAUUAAUUAAUUAGGGUGCUGGAUGGUAGAGAAUUUUGUCAGUCAACUAUGUACACACAGUAAAUACUGUUUCUUAGGCAAAGGUAACUUUUUUAUAUAGUUGUAAAAUUCCAUUAUAUUCCAUUGCCAAAGAAACACUAAGAACUUUGUAUAGCUGUAUAAAAAGCAACUAAUUUUUUAAAGAAUAAACAUUUUAAAGUCAGCAAACAUAACUGUGUCCUUGCAGAAGUUGGUGUGCUGAGGAGCAGAGAUACGGUGGGCCUUUUUCAUAGCUUUCCAAGUGCAAGAUUUCUAAUUUUUUUUGAUGUUUAAAACAUAAAGAUUUGAUACAUUCUUCCAUUAUCUGACAAGGAUAAAUGACUCAUACUCAAUAACAAGAAUUUCAUUUUUUAGCAAAUGGCAUAUCACAGGAUUUGUCCAAAUAAUAGAUAUUUUCAGUAUAUGAAUGUAAAUAAUCAUAGAUAAGAAUGUACUUAGCUGUAUUUUCAAAUAAGUAACUUCCCCCUUUUUUUAAGACAUCCAAACUAGACAUCAACUAACCUGUUCUUCCUGAUAUGCCUGGAAUUUUGUUGUGAUACCUUGACUCAUUCCAUUGUAUUUCCAGAGAAUUCAGAGUGUUCAAAAUUAUUUUGGGAACUCUUACAAUAUUGUAACACUGGCCCUUGGGCCUGUGACCCCCAGAGGACUCAGUAUAGAGUUCACUGCUAAUUAUAAACUACUAGUAAAUCUUUUUGAUAUUUUAAGCUAUAGUGGAAAAAAAUCUGGCCACUUUUGUGUUUUUAUGAAGGCCAUGGAAUAAAGGGAUCCAAAGAUUUAAAUAUUUUUAUCUAUUUUGAUUUUUGUUAACUUUCUCCUUAAAAUAAUUCGGUAGUGAUAAAGAUAUGGAAGACUGCACUGUAGGGGAAUUGGAAUAUUUAAGAUGGUUGAUAUUUUUAAUUUUAAUUUUAUAUCUUUUGUAUAGCUCUACAAAGAAAUGUUUUGUAAUUUGGUUUCAUUAUUAAGGUCCAGUACUUUGGCAGCCAUAGUUUAGGUAAUAUUGUUUAAUACUGUUUGCUUGCAUGUUAACAACAAAACCUUUUGGAGGACCCACAAAUCAUGAUAUUGAACACAUUUCUGAGGCAUUCUGAGCAUCAAAGCGAGUGCUGUGGCAAUAACUGUGCAGAUUGAGAUUUCGGGCCAAUUUCAAGAAGAAAAACUGUACAUAGCAGUUCUACAUGCUCUGAAAGUAUGAAUUCAUGCAUCUUCCCAGGCCCUCGGGUCGCUGGGGCGUUUGGUGCCCCGGCAGUGACUGGCAGCAUGGCAUACCUGCAGUGCACCUUACAAUAUGAAGCAAGGUUUUUAUUCUAAGGGAGAAUAAAACUGUUCAAUAAA